AUGUGCCUGGCCGGCCCAGGGGCACGGCUGCCGCCGGCCGAGACCUGGCGGCAGCAGCGCCGGGCGGCGGAGGCGUUGAAGGCCGAGGUCUUCCUACUGCUGAGCUUCAAAGGGGUAGAUGACAUGAACAAAGAGAAUCCAGCUGAUGCACACUGGGUCAAAGAGGUCUAUCACGCUUAUGAUGGUCGGGGACGACAAAGUUUGGUGUCCGACUAUCAUCGCUUUGCCCAAAAUGGCUCCAUUUUGGAGGACUACAAAGAAAUUCCUGGCAGUUUCUUGGCACCUUUGCUGACCCUCGAAGGGCGCAACGCUUUCCACCUACGAAACUUGUGGCAUUGUUAUGAGCUCCUCAUUGAAGAGGAGAAACGUCGGGGCCAUUCCUUCGACUAUUGGAUUUGGACGCGGCUGGACUGGCACUGGUUAGCACCGCCACCUUCACUGGAGGUCUUUGAUUCCCUUCCAACCGCUGUGUGGAUCCCUGAUGGGUCAGAUUGGGAUGGCAUCAAUGACCGCUUUGCCCUGGUGCCAAGACGCUAUGGCAAGGCCUACUUCGACCGAUGGCCCGGGAUUUUGAAUGGCAGCCUUUAUUCCAUGAUGCGUGCGGCAGCCCCCCCAAAGCUGGAGUUGUCUCCAAAAUUUUUUGGAGGUCCCGAGUGGUCGCUGCUGGCGGCUUUGCACUGGUGGCGGGUCCCUGUGCGCCGCUUCAGCGCCACCGGCGCGGUGCUGUGUUUGAACAGCCGCCGGGCGCGCUAUGGGCGCUGUACAAUGCCCAGGACGGAGGAGGAGUUCUCCUUCAAGUAUAGCGCAGAAUUCAGUGAAGCCAGCGGCAGCGUCGCGCGGCUGCAGAUGGGCUGGUCCUACGCCUUUGGACCAGCGCCGUUGUUUGAUCCGCCUUGCUUUGAAGAAGUAGAGGAUCAACAGGAGUGCUGCAACCGCAGGGUUCACGGCGUUGCUGGCAACCCCGAGUGCUGGAGCGACGUCUUCGACCAUGCGCGGUGCUGCCAGCAGAGACAUGGGCUCUACAUUUUGCCCAGCGUGUCAAAAGCAUCAGAGCUUCUGGAAAGCGGUACCUGGUUGGGUUGUCAAAUGCGGCCUCUCAGGUACUGUGCCUCUUUGUUGGCCUGUGGUGGCAGCAGUGAAACGUUGUGUCUUGCGAGAACACUUAGAGACAGUGUUGGCCGAGCGAAAACGCAACUACAGUGGGAAACCCCGCAGCUGGUGGUACAGCGAGCAUCCGGUGCCAAAUCAGAGCAGUUUCCUAACAACGGCAGCCAUGGCUCCGCGGAUUUCGUCCCAUGCUUGGUGCUGGUCACAUGUGUGGCCAGCGUUCAGUAUGGCGUCCAAAGCUUCAGUCUCUUGAUCAUGGCCCUCUCACUUGCUCUGGGCUUGACCAUCGUUGCUGGAAUUCCAAAGGAUCAGCCAAUGAAAUGGGACGCGGAAGCCGUGGCGCCCGCCGGGCCUGUGACGCAUGCGAAAGCUGUGGAGUCAGCUGGCAGCUUGCCACAGAGUGCGGUGGUGCAGGAGAACACCCAGGUAGAAGCUGUCCCCUCUGCCACCCCUGCCAGUUGGACGGGUGAGACGCUCAGUGUGGUGUUGCCUUGCGCCUUUGAAGGGGUCUAUGCCUCGCGGACAGUGGAGUCGGUAUGGCAGCACACCAAGAAGGGCCGCCUAAAAGAGAUCAUUGUUGUGGAUGAUGGCAGUUCCCCCAAACUGGUGCUGGACCUUCACCCACCUCUGCGGGUCACUGCCACAUCGGCCGCCCCGCAGCCGGCGGCGCUACGCGGCAGUGAUGUGCCGGCGGUGCGGCUGUUAAGACACGAGAAGACCAUGGGUUUGAUCGCCGCCAAGAAAUCCGGUGGAGAUGCUGCCCUUGGGGAUGUCAUUGUCUUCUUUGAUUGUCACGUGAAACCACGUGAUGGAUGGGAGGAGGCAUUCCUGAAGCGCACUGCAGUUUGUCAAGCAACCUUUUUCGCCUUUUUUCUCUUUCUUCCGGGCCCUGGUUGGUCACACGCCGAUGCAUAUCGGCUCUGGGCCCUGUUUCAGGAAUUCCUUUGGCCAAUAACGGCUCGGGCUCCAGGACUUCUGGGUGCCCUGGACUACUUCCUGCGGUUGUUGGAGACCCUCUACUCCUUGGACGUCACCUUCACCCCAGCUCUACAAGCUCUUCGGGCAGUGCUUGGACCUCUCCUUCCUGGUGGUCUUCUACGUGGUCGUGCUUGGGCGGUGGUUCCGUCUUUGGAUCAUCGCUUGCUGCAGAAGAAGAACGGCACCAAGUACCUUUUACGAUUUCUCAGAGGUCGGUUGUGCCGCACUGCUGUCCCAGAUGCCGGCGCAAAACUUGAGGAACUCUUCAUCAAGAUGAAGCGUCCGGCAGGGAUGACCAUGAGUGAAUGGGCCAAUCAGGUCCAAGAGUCAUACAGAAAGGUUCAGAGAGCCUUGGUGCGAGCAAGACAAGUGAGCAAGCGAGAACCUCCAGGACAAGCUGUGGGAUCGACUGCAACGCGAUCCGAACCUCAAGCUGAACCACCGAGUCCGCAGAGGGUGAGAACUACACCAAGACCUUCCCCACAUCCAUCACCACCAACUUCUCCGAAGGAGACACCACAAGAUCGAGGAGCACAACUUUCGGGACAAGAUGACGGUCGUGGUGGAGCACUUCAUCCGGAACAAGGAGGAUAUGAUCAAGUACCUCAAGAAGAUCCUUCUGAACCAGGACAACAAGAAUGGACGGAUGAUGAAUGGCGUCAAUGGUAUCGCCAACGUCGAGGUGGUUACGAUGAUGGAGCUUCUUCGUCUUCGGGCGAGGACUUUGCAUGGGAUGAACUUGAAGUCGAAGAGGUGCAUGUCCUCCCAGACGAGAUUCUGGGAUGGCUGCUUUUGAGAAGGGCUAACCUGAGUGCAGCCAACAGGUUAGCGGUGCAAAGCAGUGUCCAGAACAGCCUGUUCUUUCGGGACAUUGAGAAUGCGCUGAGAGAUCAAGAGGAGGAGCUGCUUCAAGCAGAUCAACAUCGACUUCCCCAUCGCAAGAGGACUUACUGGGUAGAAGAUCAAGGUGUUUGGGGUCUACUAGUUUCUGAGGAUGCAGUAGAUGAUGCUGCUGCAGAGAUUCACUGGGUUGGAUCCCAUCUCCCUGCGGAGGUCUAUGUCCCUGAGUAUGCCGACGAGGAGAACGAAGAAGCUGAGGAGAUUCACUGGUCUUAUGACUACGAUGGUUGGCAUGGACAUGUUCAAGAUGUCUAUGGCGCCUGGUUUGAGACUGAUGGCUUUGGAACCUACUGGAAUGAGGAUGACUACUCCGACCUGACACCGGAGCAGACGAAGGAGUUGGACGAGGCCUACGCGGUCUAUGAGAACAAGAUGAGGACAUUCCAGCAGUCCAGACAGUUCCAACGAGCGAAGGGCAAGAGCCGUGGUUUCUAUCCCAUCAAGAUGAUGAAAGGUCCUCCCUCAUCGUCUUCAAGACCAAUGAGGAAGGGCGCAUACUGGGUGGAGUCAUUGACACCCAGCUCUUUGGACACUGUGUUCAUGGCCAUUCCGGAGGAUGAGAACGAGGCACAGAAUGACUUGCAGAUUGAGGAGAACUUCAACGUGGACUUUGCCAACGACGAGCACGACAAGCCGAUCCUGGACACCUUCAACAUGGAGAACACCUUCAACGUUGUCCCUGCCUUCAACGUUCCUGAGGAGGAGAAGCCAGAGCACUGCAUCUACAUGACGGAGGAUGCAGAGGUGAUCAACGACACCACUGGCUACGGUGUCCUGGAUUUGGGGGCCACUGAGACGGUGUGUUCCCUCGAGGCUCUUGAAGGUCUCAUGCAACGUCGAGCUCAAGUACAUGGCAUUGCAGAACCUGUUGAGGUUUUCUCUGGAAAGGAUGCCACAAAACCUUUCCGAUUUGGCAAUGGAGCAACUCAGGUAUCUUCUUCCUUUGUGAGGGUGCCUCAAAGACUUGGCGACCAGAUGGUGAAGUUAGGUCUUUUCACCUUGGAUGCCGAACGUGUCCCCAUUUUGCUGGGCAUGAGAACUCUUCAUCGCCUUGGCACUAUCAUAGAUGUGAGCGGCCGGUGGAUGGUGCUUUCACGAGUUGCACCGUCUGUGAAGAUCCCACUCGGCAAAAGUCGUGCUGGACACCUUUUGGUCGACCUCACUUGUGACUGGCUCAAAACGAGUCAACCUUUACACGAUGACUCUGAUUCGAAGGCGGCAUACAUGGUGCAGCCGAAGGUGAAUCAGGUGAACGACAUGAAGAACAUGACUUUGAUCCAGCGUUUGUGGUCCACUCAAGCCAGACUUCACAGUCAUCGCUGCCUGAAGUGGAUCAAAGCAUGCGGGACUACAUCCUGCGACAACUUGCCCACGAUCAAGCGCAUCGCACUGCGUUCUCUAGCAAUGGCGCCGAAGAAGAUGACCCAGAGCCUGAACCACAAGGACGUAGCUCCCCAGACAGAGAAGUACGACUUCACACGGACGCAACAGAUGAACCCAGCCGACCCGAGGGCUCUGGGAGCUCCGUGCUGGGGCGAGCACACUCCUGCUGCUCCAGGUCCACUGGCGAAGGACGUGGAGACGCAGGUGGCGGUGAAGAAGCCGGAGAAGGGAUCAUGCGAGCUGAUGGAUCGCAAGAUCGGGCUGGAUGGAGCCGAGCGCUCCCUGGUGAACCGCCUGGAGACGGUCAGACGACAGAAGGAGGCAUGGCAGCAGGUGCAAGACAAGAAGAACCUGCACAAGAACCAGUCUUCCAAAGGUUCACCAUCGGGCCCAGAAGCAUUGGGCCAUCCGCCCAAGGCAUCACCUUCAACGCCUUCACCAACACCAGCAAGUGGAGCCGGCUAUGGGAGCGAGACCAUCGACCUGACAAUGAACGUGACGCCAGGCAGAAAGGCCAGGAAGCCUCAGGAGUCAGCAGAGGACUUGGAGUACCAUCUGCGACAACAGCAGCAGGAAGCGGAAGAGUGGAGUUCCGGGUCCUUGCAUUUGAGUACACCCUUGGAUGGCUAUGAGAUGGCCGAUGACGAGUCAGAAGAUCCCGGAGAAGGUCUGCGACUCAGCAAGGAGGAGACUGCAUUUCUUGUUACGGAAGCCGAGACCUAUGUGGAGGAGUACGAGGAGCUCUUUCACAGUGUCAUGGCCCACCAACAGAAGGAACCCUUCAAGGUGAUGGAGAUCUGCUGUGAGGAGAACAGUGGUAUCACGAAGGCAGUAGAAGCUCUUGGAGGAAAUGGUAUAAGGUGUGGUCUUUUCAAUGGCUGCGACCUCAACAAGAAUGCAGGCUUCAACAAGGUAGUCAAGAUGUUGCGCGAUGAGAAGCCAGAUCUACUUUGGAUCUCACUGCCGUGUGGUCCAACCAGCAACAUCCAGGAACUCAACAUGCUCACCCCUGAAGGCUUCAACAAGGUGCAGGAGAAGGUGAGAAAAUCGAAGAGACUUGCAGCUCGUGCAGUACAUCUGAUGGAGAUGCAGGUGGCAGAGAAACGGGAUGUUGGCCAAGAAUGGCCGCGCUACAACAAGGCUUGGCAGUUCAGGUCCAUACAGGGCUUCUGGAGAAGCGUGACAACGUAUGAGGCUGCAGUGGAUGGCUGCGCCUAUGGACUACGAACUGACGAAGGCCUGAUGAAGAAACCCUGGAGGGUAAAAUGCACUUCAAAGAACAUCUGGCAACUGCAGCGCCUAUGCACUUGCGAAGAGCCACAUGUUCCAUGUGAAGGAGGCACCCGAACUAGAGCAUCAGCGCUUUACCCAAAGGCUAUGUGUCAACAGGUGGCCAGGAUUGUCAAGAAGAUUCAUGAGGAACAAGAACAACAAGUCUUUGCUGCGCAGGAUUCUUCUGACAACGAUCCUGACUGUCUCAAGCAGUUCACUGACCAGGAGCUGAUGAGAGUGGCCAGAGAACUGAUGAGUCUUCACAAGAAGCUGGGACACCCCAGUCGACAAGCCUUUGUGAAGAUGCUGCGUGACAGAGGAGCGUCUUCAAUGGUGAGAACCAUAGCCUCCAACAUGAAGUGCAUGGACUGUGAAGAAUCCCUGAUGCCACCAGCACGCAGAGCUGUGACCCUGGAGCAUGCAACCCAACUUUGGGAGGUGUUGCAAGUCGACAACAUGGAGUUCACUGUCGACGACACGACCUACCACUUCCAAGUCUUGGUGGACGAGGCUUCAGGCUACGGGGCAGCAAACUUCUUCUUUUCUCAUCCUGCCCGAGAAAGCCGCUGUCCUACUGGCAUGGAAGUUCUUCAACAGCUACAUCAAGGUUGGAUCCAGUACUUCGGCUACCCGCGAUGCAUCAAGCUGGACAAGGAGGGUGCCCAUCGCAGCAAACAGCUGGAUGAAUGGGCGGAAGCUCAUGGAGUUGAACUUGAAGGAAUCCCUGCCGAAGCACAUGGACAGAUUGGAAAGGUCGAGAGGCCGAUUGGCACUUUGAAGAGGAAGUUGUUGGCUCAACUGAGAUCUUCAUCAGCACCGCCAGAACUGGCAACAUGGGCCAUGGUGGCAGCACACAACACCAUGUCCAACAUUGGUGGCUACAGUCCUAUGCAAUGGGUAUUUGGUCGCAAUCCCACUGAUGGCGAUCGACUCCAUGAUGGACCCGAUCUACCCUACUGGGCUGGAAUGUCGUCAGAGGAGAAGAUGCGACAACGUCUUCAACUGCGACUUGAUGCCGGACAGAAGCACCAAGAGUUUACGCUGAAUGAGAAGAUCAAACAGGCCAACAACACCAGGAUGCCCAACUUGGUGAACUACCACCCGGGUGAUCUUGUCUUCUACAAGCGCUACCAGCCACCUCAAGACAAACAAGAACGUUCUCACAUUCCACUUGACAUUCCUCGGAGGCGUGUGGCUCGUUGGUAUGGUCCUGCGAGAGUGCUGGCCCUGGAGACCAGAGUCACCUAUGAUGGAGAUGGACGAUCUCCCAAGCAGAUCGCUUGGAUCAUUGCCUCUGGAAGACUGAAGCGGGUGACUUCACAACAACUUCGUUUUGCUUCAGAGCGAGAACGUGUCGUUGCAGAAUCUUCCAGCUCUACUUUGGCUACACCAUGGACGUUUGGAGACCUGACAUCGCUGAUCAACAAAGGAGAGUUUGAUGAUGUGACCAUGACUCACAAGCAAAUGGUCAGAGACACACAGAAGAAGCGAGCCGGUCCCAUCACGUCUGGAAUUGAUCGCUCUGGACAACAGAAGCGGAUCUUGGAGGAAGAGCAGGAAGAAGAGGAUGCAAUGUCAACGGGGCAUGGCGAGAACAAGAUGCCACGCCUUGAGGAUGAGCAAGCUGAGGAGUCCGAUGGCUAUACACCAUCAAUUGCUGACACUGUCAAGGACGAUGUUGACAUCGAUCGCAUGAUCAACGACCCCGAAUACAUGCCAUUUUCUUCACAGAGCUCAGGUCCACUAUUUCAACAUCCUCAGUUCUUGGAGGCACGUCGCCGCCAUGAACGACUGGAACGACCUCACCAUGUGCAAAGAGGAGAAUUCCUACGACAUGGAGAAGUUCCAGAUUCUACAGGAGAACAUCACGCUCACUACAUGGAUGUGGAUGAGACCUUGCCUGCCGGUGACUUCGAGGAUUUGGUUUUCGCCGUCACCAUCCCCGCUCCAAAGAAUGAGGACGAGUGGCGGGCCAUUGUGAAGGACCCGAGUCGCUUUGUGGCGAAGAAGGUGGCGAAAGGUGUCGAAGUGAGUUGGCAGAAGCUGAAUGUACAACAACGUUCAGCCAUGACAGAAGCAAAAGCCUUGGAGAUCAAUGAGUGGCUGACUUCACGUGUCUGUGAGGGAGCAAUUGGCAAAGUACCACAGGAUCGGUUGAUGAAGAUGAGAUGGGUGCUGACGUUCAAGAGCACCGACGAUCCUGGAACCCUCAAAGCAAAAGCACGUCUGGUCGUGCUUGGCUUCACAGACCCGGACGUUGGAUUGGUCAAUGUCCGAAGUCCUACCCUCAGUCGCCGUGGUCGACAACUGAUGCUCCAAGCUACCAGUCUGAAUAAUUGGGGCUUUCUUAAAGCCGAUGCAAAAGCUGCUUUCUUGCAAGGUGGUCCUACGCAAAGUGUCAGGAACAUCUACGGCAGACCGGUCAAGGAGCUGAAGGAAGCACUUCAACUUGAAGAGGAUCAAGCUGUGAAGUUUCUGAAGUCCGCCUAUGGGCUGACUGUGGCACCGAGAGACUUCUAUCUCUACGUGGCCGAGAUCCUCAACAAGCUGAAACUCUCAAGACUGCAAACGGAACCAUGUAUCUGGCGACUACGAGCUCCAGAUCCUCAAACCCAAGAACUACGAACGAUUGGUCUUGUGGGAGUGCACGUGGACGACUUCCUACUCUGCGGAGAUGAGAAGCAUCCAGCAUGGGUGCAGUUCCUGGAAGACUUCCACAAGUCCAUGAAGUGGAGCCCGUGGGAGACACCGCCUCUGGUGCACUGUGGUGUCCAGAUCGAGGAGACCUACCACAACGGCCUCCCUGGUUGGUUCUUACACCAGAAGGACUUCUGCAGUGGCAUUGGACAAGUGAUUGAGGACGGUACCACCAAGGACCUGACGGAGUCCGAACGGCACCAAUGCCGUGCAGUCCUUGGGGCCGCCCAAUGGAGAGUUUACCAGACAGCUCCACAUCACGCCGCCAAGCUAAGCCAUUUGCAGAGCAUUCUGCCCAAGGCCGACCGGAAGAUCAUCGCCGAGGUCAACAAAUUUGUGAGGGAGAUCUUUGGCCAGAAAGACAUUGGCCUGAACAUCUACGACCUCCAAGCACAAGACCCAGAUGAUCUGGUAGCUGUGGCGUGGUCCGACGCUGCAUUGGCCAACAGAGUUGACCUUACAAGUACUGGUGGCAUGCUGAUUGGCUUCGUUCACCGGCGCAUGGUCGAUGAAGGACAACGUGGCCCUGUGAACGUGAUCAGUUGGAGCAGCUCCAAGCUGCGCAGGGUAUGCCGCUCAAGUCUGGCAGCCGAAACACAGGCAUUGGCCGAAGCAGGGCCGGAGCUGAUGUUCGUCCGCAUCCAGUGGCGGGAGAUCCUGGGCGACGAGGUGAUCCUUCGAGACCCGGCCGAGACGGCCAAGAAGGUUCGCGGAGUUUUGGUCACCGAUGCCAAAGCCCUUUAUGAUGCAGUUCUUCAAGGUGAUCUGCCCUCCUUCAACAUGAAGGACAAAUACUCGGCUUUGGAGUUGCUGGUUCUUACCCAAAACCUGGAGAAGCAGCAGACGAGCUUGAGAUGGGUGAAUAGCUCUCAGCAGUUGGCUGAUGGCUUAACGAAACCAUCUGCUCAAGAUGCUCUUCGUGCCUUUCUAGCAGGUGGGCAGCAGUGGAACAUCUUGCACGAUGAGACGUUCACUGCAGCAAAGAAGGUGCACAAGAAGCUGGCGACCAAGACUGAGGAUGAUGGGCCAAAAGAGCCUGGAGACCCAACGUGGCUCGACCUUGUAGUACCUGCACGACGUGUGACCACGGGGCAUGUGAGUAUGACAGCUUCAGGUGUGUACAAGACAUCCCUGAUCUGGCUCAUGUUUGGAUUGCGACAGAAAUAUUUCCAAAAGAAAAAAGGCUAUAUGAUGUGGAACGCCGAUUUUACCUGGUUGGUUCAGCCUGGCCGUGAUGUACCCAUCAUGAGUGGUGGCCUGCUGGCUCUCAGCAAGAAGUGGUGGGAGGAGAGAUAUGGAGAGAUGAUGGUUUCAACAUGUUUCAACUUGCAAAGUGGCAAUGUGUGGCAAUCUUACAUGCCAUCUUCGAUCAACCAAGUACAGUACGGCUUUUUGCAAAUCAAACACAAUUUCUUUACAAUUCACACCUUUACUGGCGGCCGCUCACACGGCCUCCGCGCUCCGCCCUACUCAGCCCGCUGCCUCCCCAGAAGCCCGCGCCGCCCACCGGCGAACUCGCGCGUGUGCCCAGGUGCGCCUCGGCGACCUCCCCCGCGCCUCUACAGCGAGGCCCAGCUGCUCCAAGAGCUGCGCCGCCUUCCGGACUUUUGCGCCGCACCUUGGGCGCAACACCUGCUGCGCACUGUGCCCCCUUCCCUGGCUCAUCCAUACGCGUCGGCUCACGACGACGCCAUUUGGGCUACUACUCUCUCCGUACUCCUGGGUGAAGAGGCACCGCUUCCGGACACGGCCCGCGCCAUCGCGUUCCUUCCUGCCCGUCUCGGCGGCCUGGGCCCAGUGCGCGGUGUGCUCAACGGCCCUCGGUGGCGACUGGAUCGCGCCGGCUCUCCCGGCUGGCGAGGAGCCAUCCCUGGCGCUGAGACCGGUGGCUACGAUGACCACAUGAUCGCCUGGGGUGGGGAAAACAUCGACCAAUCCCUGCGCAGUUGGCUCUGUGGUGGUCGCAUUGAAGUGGCGGAGGGUGCCUUUGUUGCGCACAUGUGGCGUGAUCCCAACAACCCCAAGACGCGGCUCAAGUACACCAUGCCAACAGAGGAUGUGAUGCGAAACAAAGCUCGGGCAGUGUCUGGAUGGUUGUGGCCUUUCUCAAAGAAGACCUUCAGCACCUUUCCCGAGUACGAGGCAUUCUUCAACGGUGAAAACAGCAUCGGUGACCUCAGCAAUUUCGAACAGCUCAAGAAGAAGCUUCAGUGUGCAGACUUCUCGGCGUAUAUCCAGCGCUUUUCGUACGUCUUCAUUGAUGGUGGCCUUGUUCCAGAAAAGAUCUUUCAGCUCCAGGAAGAAUCCACCGGUCUGUGUUUGGAGCGUGAGGUUCAGGAUUCACGGAGUCACAACAUUGUCUUGGCUCCUUGUGUGAACCUGCAGGGAAACAAAGGGGUGCUGGAAACGCAGAUCUGGCACUUGGCAAACCGCGACCAUUCCCUGGAAGACGCGCCCUGUUGCAGUGGCAUCAUGAACUGGAACUUCCUGCAAUGCCUCUCUGCACCGGGCAAUCGAGCCUCAGUGAGAACGGAGGAGUGUGACAUUUCUGGCCACAAUGCAGGGCAGCACUUCAAAAUUGCUGAGGAGGGUGGUCCCUUGCUCUGGCGCGACGGCCAAAGCUGCCUGGCACCUGCCAGUCCUGAGGAAGCGCCAAGGAGCCGCUUCCAAAUGGAGCUGGAGCGUUGUGCUGUGAAGGUGGAACACCAAGAUCAAGGCAUACGCCUGCGGAUCGAAAAAGAUGCUCAGCUCCUGUGUGUCACGGUCUCUGGCGAUAGUGAGAGUGAGUAUUCUCUUGCCUUGCGCCAAUGUGCCGCAGAGACGGAUGGCUUCGCAUGGCGGCAGAUUUUUUCCACGGUGAAGGUCGCGACCGGGGCAGUGCAGCUGAAAGUGGAGAGCGUCAAUGUGUGCCUGGAUGCUGGACAGGGUAACAAUGUUCUGGCAUAUGUUUGCUAUGACAAGGAGAAUCCCAAUCAGAUGUGGAGCAUUUCCGGCUCUCAUUUGAUUUGGGAAGGCGGUCCAACCAACAGUUGUCUUCACGCGGUAGAGGACGCCUUGCGAUUCCGCAGCCUCCCCGAGCCGGAUCCCCUGUCGCUGGCGGCAUGCGCGGACAAGCCCGGCCAACGGAUCCGGCGUGCGGAUGUGAAGUCGGACGGGACGUUUCUACUGAGAGACGCGGAUACCGGGAAAUGUUUGGUGGCAAGGAGAGGACCGGAAUUAGAGACUCCAUUGAGACUCGCUGGUUGCGACGACAAUCAUCGAUUUCGAGAGCUGAAAGAUCGAAACCAGGUCCAACACGUUGCCACCGGCUUCUGCUUCGAUUCUGGUGCUGGUCCUCCAAUUCUCUAUCCCUGCCAUGAGCCAAAGGCAUUGCGAAAGCAACGUUUCCAGAUCGUGGAUUCCCCGGGCUGGGUCCAGUUCAUGCGCGGCUGGGACGACAACGGCCGCAAGCGCUUCUUCGAGCGCUGCCUGGACCACCAGCCCGCGCCGCCGCGGCGGACGCUGCUGAUGAGUUGCCACGAGGCGCAACAGGCGAAGAUCACCUGGCGACGGGUGAAUCAACAGGAACCCCUGGAGUGGCAACUGUGGAGGGAGAAUCCCAACACACGGAGCAGACCUUUGGGAGGGGACAUGGCGCCACCACGAUGA